CACCGCGAUCGUUGAUUGGCUGAACGCUUAAGUAUGGACGUUUAUAAGCGUCGAAAACCAAAGUGAAGCCAAUUACUAAGGUUUUGGUGUAACAAGUGAAGUUAUCUUUAAAGGAUUUAAUUAUAUUUUUGAAAAAGGGUUGAUAUGGUAGCCUUACGGCAUGUGCUGAUCUCGUGCGCCGUCAUGCUGCACCUGGCGUUAUGCGUUCCGCCCCCAGCAGUGGGUGUGGACCCUAGAGAAUGUCGCUCCCUGAUGGACCUGUUCCUCGUCAUUGACGGCUCAGACAGUAUCCUACCUCAAGACUUUGUUACGCUGCAGCGAGCCAUCGCUAGCUUUGUGCCGCAGAUCGAUCUCGGUGAGAACAAGGCGCGUAUCGGUAUGCUCGUGUAUAGCUCGACAGUGCCGAUGGCCAGCUUGCACAGUUUCUCGUCAACAAAGUCUCAAAUCAUUGACUGGGCCAUAUCGCUCCAGCACCCGCAGGACGGCACUAACACCGCGCUGGGCAUCGAGAAAAUGAUUGAAAUGUUUGACAUGGAUGGACGUCGAAAUAAUGUUCCAUGGAUGGGCGUGGUGAUAACAGACGGCAAUAGCAAAAGGCCGACAGAGACACAAAUGCAAGCUAAGAGGGCCGCGAAGAAGGGUAUCAACAUGUUCGCUGUGGGCGUCGGGCACAGCAUCUCGACUACAGAGCUGGUAAACAUCGCCUCUACUCCUAACCAGGCGUUUCCUAUUGACAAUUUCCAGCAGCUUGCCGACAAACUCGUCAACAUGAUGGCCGUAAUCUGCCCCUGCCCUGUGCCACCGUCAAUUACGAAUAGCCGUUGUUCUGCCGGCGCCCGAGCUAUAGGCACUGUCCGCGAGUAUACUUGCCUUGACGGCUACCUGCAGCGUGGCAACGGAGUUAUGAAGUGCCAAAACGACUUCACAUGGACACCUAUUGAUCCAACCUUCGAAUGUGUCGCCUGCAGCAUGACACCACCAAUUGUUAGAUACGGUGUAUGUGGAACCGGUGAGAUACUAAUUGGCAGUCACAGAUCAUUCACGUGUGAGCCGGGAUACAUGCCCGAUGGUGACCCCAAAAUAGUCUGUCUAGCGGACGCAACAUGGAGUAUUCCAAACUUCAGGUGUGUUCCUUGUGGUGACCCACCAGUCAUUCCAAAUGCAAACUGUGGAGAAGGUAGCAAUCUGCUAGGAUCACAAAGAUUCUACAAAUGCUUGCCAGGAUAUUUGCCGGACGGAAACCCAAUGAUAGAAUGUAACCAGUUGGCCAAGUGGACAGUUCUUAAUUUCCGAUGUCUCGCAUGCGGCAUCACACCAGAUAUACCCAAUGGUGUAUGCGGAGGUGGUGAUCACAUUAUUGGCGCGAUGAGAAUGUACACAUGUGAUGAAGGUUACAAACCUGUGGGCAACCCGCAAAUCAGAUGUACUCAAGAUGCUAUGUGGACAGCUCCUGAAUUACAAUGUGUCGCAUGCGGCGCCACACCAGAUAUACUCAAUGGUGUAUGCGGAGGUGGUGAUCACAUUAUUGGCGCGAUGAGAAUGUACACAUGUGAUGAAGGUUACAAACCUGUGGGCAACCCGCAAAUCAGAUGUACUCAAGAUGCUACGUGGACAGCUCCUGAAUUACAAUGUGUCGCAUGCGGCGCCACACCAGAUAUACUCAAUGGUGUAUGCGGAGGUGGUGCUCACAUUAUUGGCGCGAUGAGAAUGUACACAUGUAAUGAAGGUUACAAACCUGUGGGCAACCCACAAAUCAGAUGUACUCAAGAUGCUACGUGGACAGCUCCUGAAUUACAAUGUGUCGCAUGCGGCGUCACACCAGAUAUACUCAAUGGUGUAUGCGGAGGUGGUGAUCACAUUAUUGGCGCGAUGAGAAUGUACACAUGUGAUAAAGGUUACAAACCUGUGGGCAACCCGCAAAUCAGAUGUACUCAAGAUGCUACGUGGACAGCUCCUGAAUUACAAUGUGUCGCAUGCGGCGUCACACCAGACAUACCCAAUGGUAAAUGCGGAGGUGGUGAUCACAUUAUUGGCGCGAUGAGAAUGUACACAUGUGAUGAAGGUUACAAACCUGUUGGCAACGCGCAAAUUAGAUGUACUCAAGAUGCUACGUGGACAGCUCCUGAAUUACAAUGUGUCGCAUGCGGCGUCACACCAGAUAUACUCAAUGGUGUAUGCGGAGGUGGUGAUCACAUUAUUGGCGCGAUGAGAAUGUACACAUGUGAUGAAGGUUACAAACCUGUGGGCAACCCGCAAAUCAGAUGUACUCAAGAUGCUACGUGGACAGCUCCUGAAUUACAAUGUGUCGCAUGCGGCGCCACACCAGUUAUACUCAAUGGUGUAUGUGGAGGUGGUGAUCACAUUAUUGGCGCGAUGAGAAUGUACACAUGUAAUGAAGGUUACAAACCUGUGGGCAACCCACAAAUAAGAUGUACUCAAGAUGCUACGUGGACAGCUGCUGAAUUACAAUGUGUCGCAUGCGGCGUCACACCAGAUAUACUCAAUGGUGUAUGCGGAGGUGGUGAUCACAUUAUUGGCGCGAUGAGAAUGUACACAUGUGAUAAAGGUUACAAACCUGUGGGCAACCCGCAAAUCAGAUGUACUCAAGAUGCUACGUGGACAGUUCCUGAAUUACAAUGUGUCGCAUGCGGUGCCACACCAGAUAUACUCAAUGGUGUAUGCGGAGGUGGUGAUCACAUUAUUGGCGCGAUGAGAAUGUACACAUGUGAUAAAGGUUACAAACCUGUGGGCAACCCACAAAUCAGAUGUACUCAAGAUGCUACGUGGACAGCUCCUGAAUUACAAUGUGUCGCAUGCGGCGUCACACCAGAUAUACUCAAUGGUGUAUGCGGAGGUGGUGAUCACAUUAUUGGGGCGAUGAGAAUGUACACAUGUGAUGAAGGUUACAAACCUGUGGGCAACCCACAAAUCAGAUGUACUCAAGAUGCUACGUGGACAGUCCCUGAAUUACGAUGUGUCGCAUGCACCGACACACCAGUCAUGCCGCUUAGUAGCUGUCAGGGUUCGGAACACAAGAUAGGAACUAUCAGACAUUAUGUAUGCGACACUGGAUAUUUUAUGUUCGGCAAUCCACAAAUCAAGUGUAACGACGACGCCAUGUGGUCACAACCUGAAUUCGAAUGCAUACCAUGUUCCGAUACUCCGGUGGUAAUGAACGCCAAGUGUGGAUCAGGGGGCCACCUUAUUGGAAACACACGUAUUUAUUCCUGUCUCGAAGGCUACAUUUUGCAAGGGAAUCCAAAAAUCGAGUGCAUGCCAAACGCCAAGUGGUCCGUCCCAACAUUGAAAUGCAUAGAUUGCGGAGCACCGCCGAAAAUCCCAUACGCUUACACAAGUCUGGGAUCAACGGCGAUCGGAAGCACCGUGGAGUAUCACUGCGAGACCGGAUAUGACUUGUACGGCCGCGGAGAAGUUAGCUGUAAUGCCAACGGAAUGUGGACCGAGACGAACUUCAGGUGUGAAUUAAAGCCGACAACAACCACGACAACUCCCUCACCAGUUCCCAGCGACCCGUCAGUGUGUGACGCCUGUCGCUACAUCAACGGUGUGGGCUACAACAACCAUCCAUACGAUUGCAGUCAGUACGUACAGUGUUUCCUUGGUCGACGAGGUAUAGAGCCAGUCUACCGCCGCUGUCCAUUCGGUCUGUUCUGGGACCAGAAUGUCCUCACAUGCCGACCUGCUGAUCAGGUGGUCUGUCCGUUUGACAUGUGCAAGAUGUCCGGCGUGCUGGGUUACCGCCACUCUGACUUUAGCCGGUGCUGCUCCUACAUGAAGUGCGAAGGAGGCCGAGCUUUCGGCCGGUGCUGUGGAAAGGGUUACUCCUUCGACACGGCUUCCCAGCAGUGCGUGUAUAACCCAGGGUGUGAGGACGACUGCCCAUUCGACGAUGAGGUUCCAGUUUGUGAUCUGCGUCCAGCAGCCAGCGAGGUAAUGUACGAGCAGCACAUUGGUAACGGUUUCUGGGUCCCGAUGCACUGCGCUCCGGGAACGGCAUUCAAUCCCGUGGACUGCAGGUGCUCCCUCCAACUCAUAGAAGUCCCUGACAGCCCCCGCAAACAAGUUUGCAAGCCAGAGGUGUACUUGCCGUUUACGACUGGUUUCGAUGAUCGCUCCGGAAAGAACGUGCCCGUUUACCCCGAGAACGUCACCAUCAUUAAUGGCGAGGCAUACUUCAACGGCCGGUCUCGCAUCCUCAUCAACCGCUACUCGAAUGUGGAAUUUCGGGGCGAUCUUGUGAUCAAGUUCCGCUACAAGGAGGUUCGGGAGGGUGCCGAAUUUCAACAGCUUCAGGCGCUCGUCACUAACGGCGACUGCGGGGACGAUCCGUCCAUUGUGAUUGCCAAGAUGCCACAGUUUGUUCUUCUUGGUUGCAAGACGGACGUCCCGAAAUCGUUUGCUCUUCCUACUCUAGACAAGGAAUGGAAGGAAGUUAUAUAUCUACACGAUGAGCGGAAGCUGGAGGGUCACGUUUGUGGGGCGUCAAUGAACAAGUGGUCGUACGGACCCAUCCAGGCUACCCACUGCGCCAUGCAGAUCGGCUAUGGUCACGGUCUAACCUCGUACCACGGAUAUAUCGACGAUUUUACCGUGUAUCAGUGCAGACCGCGACAGGACAUUCUAACCAUCAACUACUAAACUACUGCUAGUAGCCAUAUGUGACAACUUCUGAACGUCUGCUAGCAGCCAUCUGUGAUAAAUCCGACGCCCUGACGAUAGGCGGAUGCCGCUUACUAUGUAUUGGAAACUUUACAAACUUCUGGAAAUAUAUUUGGGAAUAUUGCUUGCAGUAGAUAGUAGGAUAGUUUGGAUAACAUGGCACGCAUACAUUGAACAUUCACUUGUUUUACUUUUGAAAUUUAUGUUAAAUGAGAGUGAUUCAUUUUAUUAAUCACGUGUUUGUUUGUGGCUGAUGAGUUUACAUCUGUUCUAUUUAUUUAUAUUCAUCUUAUCUUCACAUCAAUUAUUGUUAUAGCUUAAUGUGAAUAAAUUGUGCAAUAUUCGUUUUUAUCAUCACACAAACUAUGCAUAAUAAUGUUUCAUUGUAAAACUUACCAUAAUAUAUAUUCGAAAUAAAAAGAUUUCAAUGAUA